AUGAUUACGUACUGUAACUCAUUCUCUUUGGACCCUAACAUCUAUAGUGAUUUGGUGACAAGAUAUUCGGCAAAGACUCUAAACUUCCCAAUCAAAAGAAUUGACUGCAUUACUAUGGAUGGUUCAAUGGCUAAAGGUGAAGGAACUCCUUGUACAUUCACGGCAGCAUUUACUCCAUUAUAUGUGAACACCAUUUAUACACUAUUUAAGAAAACACCUAAUUAUAACACUACCUAUGAAAAUCCAUUGUUUGAACAAAUUCAAUUGAACUGUGGAGCAUAUGGUAACAUACCCGCUGAGGCUCAAGCAUCUAAUGAUCCAAUCUUCUAUGAGAUGCAGGCAAAUGCCACUAACAAUAAUAACGAUACUGUUGGCUUCAACUAUGAUGUCAUGAGGUCUAUCACAACCACAUCAGUCCCUCAAUUUGGAAUCGAGUCAAAUGACUUAGGUCAUUACCUAUGUGGAUUCCCUUGCGAAACUGAUUAUACAUUCCAACAGGGUCAGUUAUCUAAUUCACCUAUUACAUAUAAGCUUACAGUUAAGCCAACAGCAGAGUCUAUUAAAUAUACUGAGAAACCAGUGUUAUGCUUCUUACGUCACGUUUGCCUCUCCAUACAGAUUAAACAGGUGGGACCACCUAUCGUACUUCUCGACGAUUAUGAUUUAUCAGCCCCUGCUAGUGAAUAA